GUCGGGAAUUUCAAGAGGCACAUACAAACGCAUCAUCCGAAGGAAUUCCAACUCCUUGGUCUAGGAGAGGUGGAUUCUAUCAAGUGUGAGAAAGAGCGAGAUCCAGUAAUUCCUGUACGGAUGUCUCCGAAGCGGUUGUUGGGUGGCCUUGUGAAGAUGAUAUCUGUCAAUGGAUUACCGUUAAUAGGAAUUGACUGGGAAGGAAUGCAAGAUGUUAUUCAACCUCUCUGCGAAGCCAUGAAUUUGACUGUCAAUAGCCACAACAUGCGUCAAUAUGUGUCAAAAGUUGCAGCUGGAAUUGACAAAGAGAUUUCUAUGGAAGUAGAGGGCAGAUUGUUGUCCCUCAAAGCCGAUAUUGCAUCCAAAAUGCGUCGGAGUGUUCUUGGCUUAAAUGCGCAGUUUGUGGACAGUAAAGGUGAAUUGCAGAAACGUACACUUGCUGUCGCUGAGCUUGCCGAAAGACACACUGGGGCUUAUCUUAAAGAUGAAGUGUUUCGGAUCCUCGAUCAUCUCGGAAUUCGACCGCAGCAGAUUUAUAGCAUUUCAAUCGAUAAUGGGAGCAAUAUGGUCAAAAUGGCAUCUCUUAUGGCUAAAGAGACCUUAGAAGAUACUGGAACUUAUGAAUUCGAAGAGGACCUUGAGGGAGAAGAGAUUGUCGAUGGGAAUCACGAUGAAGAUGAGCGAGAUCUCGUUGUGGAAGGUAUGCUGCAGGAAUUAGAAUCGAUAGUAUCCCACACAGCUGUGACUGUCAGAUGCGGAGCACAUACCGUGCAACUCGUGGUUUCAGAUGCCUGUAAAGAGUACCAACCCGAACUCAAAAAGCUAUCAAAGUUAACUGUAUCCUACCAAAAUGUCAAGUACAAAAACUUUUUUGAUGUAUCUGGGGGAAGGUAUCCACCAACGCCGGUGGCAACUCGUUGGAACUCAAACUACUUAAUGGCUGUAUCACUUCUCGAUCAAAAAGAUUUUUUUGACAAACUUGGUCAAGAAUUCAAGGAACUUGUUACUACUACUUAA